GGGCCAAAAGCUCUCUCGAGGAGUUGGGCCAGGACACACAGCCUUGGGUCGCCUUCGGCGUGGCUUUGCACCAGCAGCCGUCUAAGAAUUCCACGCCUUGCCUGGUUUUUGCCGCAGCAGCGCGCGAAACCGAGGGACCGAGCGGGAGAAGCCAAAGGCCAUAAAUUCACUGACCCGCAGCACCAUGGCCGCCGCCAGCGCUGACGUCGGCACCCUCAAGGCCAUGUUCGAGCACUGGGACGAGGCCACGCUCGCCGAGGUCCUCGCGGCGAGCGGCAACGACAUGAACCGCGCGUCCGAGUCGAUCCUCUCAGCGGGCUCGCCCGAGGCCUGGCGCGCGGCCCGCGCUCGCGCGCCGCCGUCGCCGCCGGCCGCGGCCGGCGCCGCGCCCCAGGGCGCCGUGUCCGUCGUCGUGCCGCCGGGCUCGCGCGGCGGCGCCACCCUCAGCAUGACGGCGCACGGAAGGAGCUUCAUGGUCACGGUCCCGCAGGGCCUGCGCGCCGGCGACCGCUUCGUGGCGACCAUCCCGCCGCCGCGGGGCGCCACCGUCACGCCGAGCGACGGCGCGCCGCGCCGCGGCAAGCUGGUCACGCUGCCCGCCGACUUCCUGCAGUCUUUUUCCGCGUAUAAAUCAACCAGCGCAGCGGGCCGCCUGAACCUUGAUUUCAACGCAGGCCGCCGCCCGCUGCAAGGUCGAGCGACGCCGCGAUCGACCAGCAGACGGCGCUCUUCCUGCAACACGAGAACCGCCGCCGCGCCGCCGCGGCCGCCGCCGCGCCGCGGCCCGCCGCCGGCGCGCGCCAACGGUCGUUCCCGUCCUUCUCGCGUUCGAGCGGGUCCCAGCCCGCGUCGUCGGGCGGCUACUCGGGCGUGCUCAACUCGGCCGCGACGCGCGCCGCCGCCGCCGCGCGCCGCGCCGCCGCGUCGGCGGGCCGCGGCGCCUCGGCUCUGAAGAACAAGGUCAAGCGCGCCGCGGGCGGCUCCGACCGCGUCGAGAUCGCCGAGCAGCGCUACGGCCGCCUCGACCUGUCGGACGAGCUCGACGACCACGAGCCCGCGCCGGAGUGGAAAGGCGUGGCGAUUCCACGCCAUCGACGCGACGUUGUCCCAGUGGCCGCGUCGGCUCGAUGGCGUGGAGGCUCACAAAGGUCCACCGCAAUAUUUCUCACUGGUUGAUUUCCACACAGGCCGGAGAACCCGCUCCACCAGGACCGCGACCCGGACCGGUCGCCGCCGGCGCCUUCGCGGCCCGGCGCCGGGACGGACUUCCGAGAGGUCGGCGUAUAAAGGGUGCAAGGGGUUUCGUUAAAUAGUACUACAACAAAACUUA